AUGAGCAACGAAGAGAUAGCCCAUGAAUUCUCUAACAUUAUUAAAGUCUACAAAGAUGGUCGAGUUGAGAGAUUCCUAGGCACAUCAACAGUAACUCCAUCAACACAUCCAGAGAAUGGCGUCCAAUCAAAAGACGUUGUGAUCUCACAAGAACCAGCCAUAUCUGCAAGGCUUUACAUCCCAAAAUCUGCCGCCACAAGUUCACCCCAAACCAAACUCCCUCUUCUCGUUUACUUUCAUGGAGGCGGCUUCUGCAUUGAAAGCUCAUUUUCUCCCACAUAUCACAACUACCUCAACACCUUAGUCUCUGAGGCCAAUGUUGUUGCCGUCUCUGUUGACUACAGGCUUGCCCCGGAAAACCCUUUGCCGGCUGCUUACGAUGAUUCAUGGGCUGCUCUCAAAUGGGUUGCUUCCCAUUUUAAUGGAAACGGCUCUGAAGAUUGGCUAAACAGAUUUGCAGAUUUACGCGGUGUGUUUUUCGGCGGUGACAGUGCUGGAGCUAAUAUAGCACACAACAUGGCUUUGAAAUUGGGGUGUGAGGGAUUGGUUGGUGUUAAGCUUAUUGGGAUUGUAUUGAUACAUCCUUACUUUUGGGGCACAGAGCCAGUUGGGGAAGAGUUAACUAUCCCUGCAGCUAAAAGAGAGUAUGUAGCUGCAAUGUGGCGUUUCGCUUGCCCUUUGAGUAUCGGAUCCGAUGACCCGCUUUUCAACCCGGGAAAGGAUCCGAAGUUGGGGGAAUUGGGUUGUGAGAAAGUGCUGGUUUGUGUUGCUGAGAAAGAUGUUUUCAAAGAUAGGGGGUGGCAUUAUAGUGAGGUACUGAAGAAGAGUGGAUGGAAUGGGGUUGUGGAGGUCAUAGAAGCAAAGGGGGAGGAACAUGUGUUCCAUUUGCGCAAUCCCACUUGUGAGAAUGCUGUGGCCAUGAAGAAAAAGAUUGCUUCCUUCUUGAAUUAG